AUGUCAUUCAAGGGUAAUGUUCAGCGGUCAAAGCCGCUACAAUCACUAUUGGUGUUGGCGGGAUGUGUUACUAUAUUCAUCUGUUACUAUUUGAAUAUUUUUGAUUUCUUGUAUCCAUCAUCAUCAACAUAUACUCCAGAGGAAAUCAAUACAUUGUUGCAGAACAAAGAGUCAAACAUUGUUGCCUUGAAGAAAACGGAAUUAACGGCACAAGGAUUAGCCAAGCCAUUUCUAGACGAUUCGCAUUUCCAUGUCAGGAAUUGGGAGCUAAACGGGAAUCCAUUGGUUGAAAACAAUGAAUACAUUAGAUUGACAUCGUUGGUCCCCCACACCGCUUCCAACAUGUUUAGUAGAAUGCCAAUACAGGCUGAGUCAUUUGAAAUGGAGUUGACUUUCCAUAUCCACAACAGUGAAGUCAAGCAUGGCUUGGUGGGUGAUGGAUUAGCGGUGUGGUUUUUGGACAAACCUAGCGACAUUGGCGAUGUAUUUGGAGUUCGCAAUGAGUUCAAUGGGCUAGGAAUUAUGAUGGAUACAUACAAAAACGGAAAACGUGGUCAGUUUCCCUAUGUAAAUUUAAUGAUGGGUGAUGGACGAACUCGCUAUAAUAAGGCUACUGACGGGUAUGAAACUCGAUUGGCAGGGUGUCUGGCCAAAGGUCUUUUGAAUCCUGCUUCUAAGGAAACAAAAAUGAGAUUGGUUUAUAUUAAAAAUGGGUACUUGUCUAUCGAUUUCAACUACAAUGGUAAACAUGAAGAUUGGUUAAAUUGUGUCACACUUACUGAUGUCCAGUUGCCAUUUAUCAAGUUCCUUGGUUUGAGUGCCGAAACAGGACAAUUGUUUGAAAAUGUAGACAUAUUGGAAAACAAGAUAUAUGCGUUAUACAAACCCAACGGAGGAUUUGUUGAAUCCAUUGAUGAAUUGAAUGACUUGAUUAAGGAGCAGAAUGAAUACGAACAGGAAACGAUCAAUUUAGCAGGUAUCAAUGAUCAAGUGAAUCAAGAAUCGAAAAGAAAAGGAGGCAGGAAUAGGGCAAUCAAAAAGAAGUUGAGCACUGAACGUCGAAAGACUUUGAGUCGAUUGAGGAAUGCUGAAAAGAGAAUUAAAGAAAGGGAAAGAAAAGAAAGGUUGGAAAAGUAUGGAGAUCCCGAUGCCACGUUUAUCAAGAGACUUGUUGGAAAAACCCUUUGGCUAGUUAAAGUUUUCAUAUACAUCAUCAUAAGUGUGGUUUUGAUUUGGAUCGUGUGGAUUGUCAUUAGAGUCCAAAGGCAAAAGAGAAGGAAAAAGACUGCUGGUUUGUUAGACUAA